GGUCUAGUGACUAGUCAGAUACGAGAUACGGAAGCCAGGCGAGCCGAGGAGGGCGCGAGAUGCGGACGCCGCCCCUCUCCCCACCCAAUAAAAAUCUGCCAAGAAAACCUCACGAGAUGGUGCCACAGGCUGUGAAGCUGCUCCAGUCCUCGCUGGGCCAGUGGCGACGCGGGGUCGCCAGUGGAGUAAAGCUGCAUCCCAUGGCCAAGGGCGCGCUAACGUACGCAGUCAUGUGGCCCACGGGCAGCCUGAUCCAGCAGGCGCUGGAGGGACGCAAGUUGCGGGACUACGACUGGGCCAGGGCGCUCCGCUUCAGCUUGUUUGGAGCCCUGUACGUGGCGCCCACUCUGUACGGCUGGGUGCGGCUCACCAGCGCCAUGUGGCCGCAGACCAAUCUGCGCACGGGCAUCGUCAAGGCCAUCACGGAACAGCUUUCCUACGGGCCCUUCGCCUGCGUAAGUUUCUUCAUGGGUAUGAGCCUGCUGGAGCUGAAGACCUUCAGUCAGGCCGUAGACGAAACGAAGGAGAAGGCUGCGCCCACGUACAAGGUCGGCGUAUGCAUCUGGCCAUUCCUGCAGACCAUAAACUUCUCGCUGGUGCCGGAGCACAACCGCGUGGUGUUCGUAAGCAUUUGCAGCCUAAUGUGGACCAUCUUCCUGGCUUACAUGAAGACGCGCCACGAGGAGCAGGCGGAUACAGCGGAUCUCCCCUGUACAUAGCUCUCCGUGUUGUCAUAUUUGUUACCUGUUGUACGUCCCUUAGGCCAAUUGUUGAAUUAGAUAGCGUUAGCGUA